AAGAAGAUUUUUUAAGUGGUACGUUCUACUAUUAUUGCUUCACCGAAGGUAUAUGAGAAUUAUAGCUGCUCUGUCACUACUGAAUGUGACGGCAAGUGUUAAAACAAUAACCACUCUGAAGCCAAGGAUUCGAAGUUGUCGUCGCCUACCGAGAAACAUUGGAUGGUGGAGUAACAUUUGGGAAAAUUACUCGGAUAAACAAUUCAAAGGUACUUUUAGAGUUUCGAAAGGUACUUUUAACUUUAUUGUCGAAAAGAUUCGGCAUAAACUUCAGAAAAAAGUUGUUGUAGAAGAGCCAGUUUCACCGGAAUGUCGUUUAGCUAUCUGCCUAUAUCGUUUAGGUAGAGGUGACUACCCUUACACCAUAGCGGAAAUGUCAGGACUUGGUGUUAGUACAGUACGAAAAAUAGUUAUAGAAGUGUGUGAUGCUAUUGUUUGUGAGCUUUGGGAACAAGUCUCAAAUCAUUUUCCCAAAACAGAAAAUGAUUUCAAGGAAAAAAUUUUAGAUAUGGAGAAAUUGUGGCAAUUCCCUUGCUGCUGGAGUGCUGUAGAUGGGUGCCAUAUUUCAAUAAGUUGCCCACCAGGAGGUCAACAAUCACAAAAAGAAUAUCACAACUUCAAAAACUUCUAUUCGAUUGUUUUAAUUGCACUAGUUGAUGCUAAGAGCAGAUUUGUGUGGGCAAGUGCAGGGUUUCCAGGUAACGCUCACGAUUCUGUUAUUUUACAGUCAACAUCAUUUUGGAAGAAGAUGGAAAACCAAGAAAUUGUUCCAAACAUUGCUAAGAAAGUUGGCAAUUGCAAUGUAUUUCCUUUAAUUGUUGGAGAUGCAUUUCCAUUUUCAACCUACCUAAUGAAGCCUUAUUCAAGAGGUGUCUUGAUGGAAAAGCAACGCAAUUUCAAUUAUCGACUCAGUAGAGCUCGAAUGGUCUCUGAGUGUGCCUUUGGACAGUUAAAAAGUCGAUGGCGGAUUUUUUAUAGGAAAUGUGAAUGUAGCAAAGAUUCUGUGAAAGUAUUUACAUUAGCAUGUGUAGUUUUUCACAAUAUUUGUAUUGAAAGAGGGGAAGUUCUCUCUUCUCACCUUGACAUUUCAGUGGAUCCUGCUACUCAUCAGCAAAGAGAUAGAGCUGUAGUAAGAGAUUUUCUUAAAAUGAGGGCUUGUGAAAAGACUAGGGACACAUGCAACAAAGCUGAACAGAUUCGUUCAUCAAUUUCUGAAUAUUUAUGGGAAGAAAAAACCUCUGGUACAAGCAGCACGUAAACAUAGCAAUUUAUUACCAUUGCUCAGUGGCAAAACCAGGUUGUGCUAUAUAAAUUAUAGAUCAUUAGUAAUAUUUAUUUGUGUAGAAGUCAUUUACAUGGAGGGAGCCAGAUGAUAUUUUUUUAGCAUGACCAAACUGGCUAGCCAGGUUAUGCCAAUGCUCAAGGCAUUAAAUUGGAAUGUUUACUUGGUUUUCAUUGAAAU